AGCCGUAAGAAAGUCCAUAGCGGACCACCCCUCGCUGCCAGGGGACCAGGCCGCGGUCUGAUUCGCGGGAGUUUCACUGGACCUCGACCGCCGGCGAGUGUCGAGCGGGGGCCAACUUCCCUGGCUGGAACAGGGAUCGCCAGGAGUGCGAGAUGCAAGCCGGGAAGCCCAUUCUCUAUUCCUAUUUCCGGAGCUCCUGUUCAUGGAGAGUUCGAAUCGCUUUGGCCUUGAAAGGCAUUGACUAUGAGACAGUGCCCAUCAACCUCACAAAAGAUGGGGGACAACAGUUCUCUGCAGAAUUCCAGACACUGAACCCCAUGAAGCAGGUGCCAGCCCUGAAGAUUGAUGGAAUCACCAUUGGCCAGUCACUGGCCAUCAUCGAGUACCUGGAGGAGACUCGGCCCGCUCCACCACGACUCUUGCCUCAAGACCCAAAGAAGAGGGCCAGUGUGCGUAUGAUUUCCGACCUCAUCGCUGGUGGCAUCCAGCCCCUGCAGAACCUGUCUGUCCUGAAGCAAGUGGGAACGGAGAACCAGCUGCCCUGGGCUCAGAAGGCCAUCAGUUUUGGCUUUAAUGCUCUGGAGCAGAUCCUGCAGAACACAGCAGGGAACUUCUGCGUAGGAGAUGAGGUAUCCAUGGCUGAUCUGUGCUUAGUGCCUCAGGUAGCAAACGCUGAAAGGUUCAAGGUUGAUCUCGGUCCCUUCCCUACCAUCAGUCGCAUCAACAAGACACUGCUGGCCUUGGAGGCCUUCCAAGUGUCUCACCCCUGCCGGCAGCCAGAUACACCUGCUGAGCUGAGGGCCUAGCUCCCAAGCCCUGCCCCACCGGCACCAGGCAGGGCACGGGAGCAGACAGCUGCUGGGUGGGCUGAAACAAGUGAGUCCUGAGUGGUGAGGCAGGAGGCUCGCACUCUAGCCCUUGGAUCUGAACUGUAGCUGUGGGUCUGCUUCCCCCUGAGCUUCGUUCUGCUUCAGUCCCUGUCAGAUGUCAGAUGUCCCUUCAUCACCUGUCAGAUGUCUGAAAGGACAAAAAUGUCACCUGCUGUCUGUGUCAUAGGGUAAUCAUGAAGA